AUGGAACCAGCACCACGAGAGUUUAAAGACCUAAAGAUGGAAGACCUAUUUCUGCCAAACUCUAGAACUUGGAACAAGUCCCUAAUCCAAAGAGUUCUACCUUUGUAUGAGAAAGAGAUUUUAGGUAUCAUACCUGGGUCCUAUGAGACAGAAGAUCGUCUAGCCUGGCUUCCUCAAGCGAAUGGUGAAUAUUCUGUCAAGUCUGGGUACUUCACGGCACGAGCUCGAAUUCAAGAAGAUUUUGUACCUGAUAAUGGUAGCAGGUUUAACUGGAUCACAGAUAGUUGGAAGGGUCUUUAUGUCCCAAAGCUCAAACUGUUUGUGUGGAAGUCGGUACAAGGAGCAUUACCUGUGGGUGAAAAUUUAGCAACUAGGGGAAUCAACAUGCAAGCCAAAUGCGUCCACUGUGGAGAACCAGAAACAACGGUCCAUCUUCUUUUCCACUGUAGAUUUGCUCAAUCAGUUUGGAACAAGGCACCUUUCAAAGAACCAUUUGAUACUUUGGCAAUCACCAACACAAAAGAAGGGAUCUCCAAGCUAAAGACAAUCAUUUGUUUACCUCCGGUGGGUUUAAAGGGAGAAACCUUAGCGCCUUGGAUUCUGUGGAGCCUUUGGUUGAGUAGGAACAACAAAGUUUUCAACAAUAGCAGCCUCAAUGCCUGGGAAACUUUGAAUUUGGCAAUGGUGAGAGCGAGAGAAUGGAUAGAAGCUCAGAGCGAGAAUCCGAUCCAGAUCCGUCCACCAAGAGUUGCUAGAGGAAGCAUCCCAGCAAAUUGCAUCCGCUGUCAUACAGAUGGGGCAUGGAAAGAGGAGAAUCGAGCAGGCGGCACGGGAUGGACCUUCCACAACAGUAAUCUCGAAUCCCUAAAUCAGGGCUCAAAGGGUUUCGCGAAUAUCGCUUCCCCCCUAAUUGCAGAGAGUCUCGCGAUCCGGUGGGCUCUCCGACAUGCGAUAGAUCUAGGCUUCAAGCAUUUGCAUGUGGCUUCAGACUCUCAGCAACUCGUCGAAGCAAUCAAUUCGAAAUCCAGCUUAUCGGAAAUCUUUGGAGUUUUACAAGAUAUCUCACACCUAUCUUCGUUCUUCCUCUCAGUAAUUUUCAUUGCAAUUCCAAGAGCUGCCAAUGUGUUGGCAGAUUCUUUAGCAAAACAAUCGCUCCGAUCGUGUUUAUCAGAGGUGUAA